CGGCUGGUGGUGGCCGCGGCGGCCGGCGAGCCCGGGACGCCCGAGCCUGCCCCGAGCCUCGGCGGAGCGGAGUGGCCUCGGCGCUCCCGUGUCCCGCUUGGUCCCCGCUGCACCCCGCCGCCCAGGAGCCCGGCGGACGGCGGCUCCCCCGGCGGCCCCGGCAUGACUCGGCGGCGCUCCGCUCCGGCGUCCUGGCUGCUCGUGUCGCUGCUCGGUGUCACAACAUCCCUGGAAGUGUCCGAGAGCCCAGGCAGUGUCCAAGUGGCCCGGGGCCAGACAGCAGUCCUGCCCUGCGCCUUCUCCACCAGUGCUGCCCUCCUGAACCUCAAUGUCAUUUGGAUGGUCAUUCCCCUCUCCAAUGCAAACCAGCCUGAACAGGUCAUUCUUUAUCAGGGUGGACAAAUGUUUGACGGUGCCCUCCGGUUCCACGGGAGGGUAGGAUUUACCGGCACCAUGCCUGCUACCAAUGUCUCUAUCUUCAUCAAUAACACACAGCUGUCAGAUACGGGCACCUACCAGUGCUUGGUGAAUAACCUUCCAGACAGAGGGGGCAGAAACAUCGGGGUCACUGGCCUCACGGUGUUAGUCCCCCCUUCUGCUCCACAAUGCCAAAUCCAAGGAUCCCAGGACCUCGGCAGCGACGUCAUCCUUCUGUGUAGUUCAGAGGAAGGCAUCCCUCGGCCCACGUACCUUUGGGAGAAGUUAGAUAAUACGCUCAAGCUACCUCCAACAGCCACUCAGGACCAGGUCCAGGGAACAGUCACCAUCCGGAAUAUCAGUGCUCUCUCUUCCGGUCUGUACCAGUGUGUGGCUUCUAAUGCCAUUGGGACCAGCACCUGCUUGCUAGACCUCCAGGUUAUCUCACCCCAGCCCCGGAGCGUUGGAGUAAUAGCCGGAGCAGUUGGCACCGGUGCUGUUCUUAUCGUCAUCUGCCUUGCACUAAUUUCAGGGGCGUUCUUUUACUGGAGAAGCAAAAACAAAGAGGAGGAGGAGGAAGAAAUUCCUAAUGAAAUCAGAGAGGAUGAUCUUCCCCCUAAAUGCUCUUCUGCCAAAGCCUUCCACACAGAGAUAUCCUCCUCAGAAAAUAACACGCUGACCUCUUCCAAUACCUACAACAGUCGAUACUGGAACAGCAAUCCCAAACCCCACAGAAACACAGAGUCGCUCAACCACUUCAGUGACUUACGCCAGUCUUUCUCUGGCAAUGCAGUUAUCCCAUCAAUCUAUGCAAAUGGGAACCAUCUGGUUUUGGGUCCACAUAAGACUCUGGUAGUUACAGCCAACAGAGGGUCAUCACCUCAGGUCUUGCCCAGGAACAAUGGUUCGGUCAGCAGGAAGCCUUGGCCUCAACACACUCAUUCCUACACAGUAAGCCAAAUGACCCUGGAGCGCAUCGGUGCAGUGCCUGUCAUGGUGCCUGCCCAGAGUCGGGCAGGGUCCCUGGUAUAGGAUGACUGAGGACACCAUGUUCAGAAGAGAAUAAAUGGACUGCCUUCAGGCAAGGGGGGAACACUGCCUUCAGGCAAUGGGGGAGCACUGCCUUCAGGCAAGAGGCAGAGUGGGAUGGGUGAGUGCUGAAAGAUAAACUUUUGUUAUGAUUCCAUUAGCAAAAAGCACAAAGAGGAGGCGUGUGUGAAGUGGCCUGGGGUUGUUCCAUCAUGAAGACUCAAGAAGACUGUUCCCCCCCACACAGAUGUCCUGAGAUUCAGUUAAAACAUGCUGCAUCUCCAGAGAUGUGCCAAGCCAAGGAGAAUGCUAGAAGCAGAGUAAAGUUUACCCCCCAAACUGUGGUCCAGCUGGACCCCUUCUUUUUAAUUCUUGCCUAACUUAAUAAUUUUCAGGACCCUUCAAGUGCCAGGUGGAAUUUACAUAAUGAAAUUAUUUUUAAAAAAUAGGUGUCCUUAGGGGAGAGAAAACAGGAGCAAGCUCAUGGUCUGGCCUAGUCUGCCUCUCCCACUCCUGAUGACACUAGCAAUGCAUUCCAUCUGAGCUGUCUUUAUCAUAGAGGCAAAAUUGUUCAGAACUCUGGCUGGAGAUGGGGAGAAAUAAGGAAACUUCUUGUGAACACCCUACACACAGACACACACACAGACACACACACAGACACACAUACAGACACACACACACAGACACACACACAGACA